UUCAUUCUCUCUCCCUCGCGAUGGCGUCAGUCUACGCACGUCUGUGAACGCGUCCAAGUGGGCCACGUAACUAGUUGUCACUCUGACAUGCACCUACUUGUUAUAAACAAGAAUUAAACUUGUUUAUCCAUCUAUCUAUAUAGACAUACAGUCCAUAUAAUUCCAUUCCGCUGGCUCCUGGGUUAGAAGUACGACGGGGAAAGUGCAAUGCGACAGUUUUAUGUUACGUCCACGCAAACUCUUCAGUUUUUCCCAUACUUAUGACUACGCAACAAGGCAGGCAAUGUGACGGGGGGCACUAUACCUGCACAGCCCCAAAGGAAUGUUGCAAACAAGGCUGUUGUUUCGUUAACUCAAUCCGUUCACCUGUCUUUCAAUCUGGAAAUAUAAUCAACCCCCUUUUCAUAGGUCAUUGGUACUUUUGGUUAGCCGUCACAGCCACCGUAGCAGGCAUUCUUUGUGCCUGCUCACUCUGGAAACGUCAUCACCAAGGUGGAAUCUGUUGUCGAAACUCAGGCCGAGACGAUAGAGCCUCCGAACCUGAGUCCAAUGGAUCUUUUUAUGCACCUCCUCAGUACAGCAGAUGUAACAGUUUUUACCAACCACCACCACCUUAUGCAGAGGUGACUUCAAAACCAGAUUUGUACCCCCUGGUGAUAAGUUUCAAUGGAGAUCCUGUAAUCAAAACUAAUAAUGGUGCUUCGGGCUAUUUUAUGGUGCAAUAUUUUCGGAAUUUUAUCGUUAGACCUGUCGGGUCUAUUUCUGCCACGAGCACUUUGGAUUCGUUGAGUUCUAGUUAUAUUUGCAACGCUACAAAUGAGGCCAACAUAAUAGUACCGCCUCCAUAUUCGGGAAUCAGCAGUUUGGAAGAGGUCACGUCAACGAACAAUCACGAAGGAUUCACGAUACCAUACUCCGCCUCUACCAGCCCCAGUUCGGACUUCAACCAACUCCAAAACCCCUCCGUCUCUCUCCAGAACACACCGUCUCACCGACCUCCUUCCAGACCUCACUCGAGACCCCACUCCGUAGUUUCCAUCAGGGACAACCCUUGUUUCACCCAUACCACAACGAACGUUCAGCCUUCAGCCAAUCAGCUGCCCGAAGAAGCCGAGAGAAACAGCAGUGACCCAACGCCAGCUAGAGUUCAGAGGAGCAUGCUGUCACGUAGGGCCUUAACGCUGCCGGAAGGAGGUGGCGCUACCGUCGACGAAGCGUCUCUACGUGAGCAGCAGCAGCCUCCUCUGGCGAGCAACAGCUCGGUUAGAUACGGUUCCCUUCAGUUUGGCGGGUUGCCAGACGCUAGUAACUUUAGAACGCCUGACUCGCCCCCAAGAGCCUUGGAGGGGCUGCACAGAAGCCAGCAGCUGCCGCAACAGAAAAGCCCUCCGGUGCACUUCUCCAAGCAGGAAGGCAGGAGCAGGUCCUACCUGCAUAGGAUCAAGGCCAAGACUAUGUACAUGCCUUUGCAAGAGGGGCCUAACCCAAAUUCUAAAUGUAAAGUUUCGCCGAAUAGUUCUAAGCUCUUCUCCAAAGGUUGGCUAUCCAAAUCAGCACCUACUACCCCUUGCGGUAACUUUGUCCCUAGUUUCCCUAGUCAUAAGCGCAACGCUUCUAACAGCCAGAAGAACAGGAGUAGGAUGGAAGACGAUAGUCCUUUGUUAAGGGAGAGGGAUGAGUCGGAGGAAGAAACGAACCGUGGUCAAAACUCCUAACUGGGUCUCUUUGUCUUCUUUUAAUCUUUCAACGAGUUCCAGGUAAUUAGUUGCCAAAACGCUACUAUUUUAAGAUAUGCUGUUGAAUAGUGACAGUAGAUGGUGGGCUUAUAAGAGUGACGUUAAAUAGUGCCGUGGAAUUGAGGCAGUCGUUUUUUAGGAGACACAAUUCUGGAGAAAUAUACCGAAAUUCUUCCAAGUAACAGAUUUAUUGAGUUUCUCGAUUGAUGCACUCCAUUCAGAAAAUAAUCGAACUACAUAUUUAGCUUCGUUGACAGUUUUGUAAUCAUUGUGAAUCUUCUACGAAGGCUCGACGAAUGGUACAGAUGAUUUAAAGUAGAUUAAGGUACAAAUUAGUGAUAAAAAGAUGAAGUAAGCUAUAGAAAUGGAUACAGCUGUGAAAAAAAAUUUUUGCAAUCAGGUCACAACCAGGUGUCAAUUUAUGAGAUCGUACAUUUCAGUUUUAUGAUUUAAGACUUAGAUGCUUGGUGGUGAAACAAGUUAUCAACUAAUCUUAAUUAUUUAAUAUUCUAGAUAAUUUUGCUGCUCCAGAAGAUGUAAGACUUCAGAAAUCAAUACUCGUAAAACAUAGUCAGGUAUUCAUCUUGUUAUGUUGCUGGUAAGAUGUUUGAAACACUGGUGUGCUGACUUACUCUUGAAAAACCUCAAGUGGCGACUUCAAAAGAGGCCAGCCUUCUUGGAUUUUAAUGGUAUUGCUCCCUUUUCACUUGAUUUCCGCAUCCUUUCCUGUGGCGCUCUCACAUCGUCUUUCUGUCAAUGUCGUGUUUUAAGGUUAAAUUACCAAUAAUAACCAGAUCAACGCAUUUGACAGAACAAAUGGAAAUUUUAAAAUGAUGCUGUUGAUUGGUCAAUCCCUUGUACAGCGCCAAGUUAAGAAAUAAAAGGGAAAAGGGACCCAUGACGAGCAUGUCGCCAGAAUUAUCUUGAACAAAAUCUAAUCAGUGAAUACACCAGUAUUUUAGGCAUCUUAGAUGCUAGUGAGACGGGUAUACAAAAAUUUAACGCUAUACAAGGAUUUAACCAAUCAACGGCAUCAUUUCAAAAUUUUCAUUUGUUCUAUAAAAGGUGAUUUAUUGUCGAUUUAACCUCAAAACAACGUUGACAGUUGACAGAAGGACGACGUGGGCGCCGCCAUAAAAAACUAUGCGGAAAUCAAGUGAAAAGGGGGCAAUACCAUUAAAAUCCAAGGAGGCUGGUCCCUUCGAAAGUCGCCACUUUAAUCUGAAGGUUUUUCAAGAGUAAGUGAGCACACCAGUGAUUUAGACAUAUUAGUAAUCUUAUAGUCCCAUUCUGCGUAUUCUUUGUGGUGUUCGAUUAUUUUCUGAGCGAGCUUUAAUAACUGAGAAACAAGGGUAAAUCGUGAAAUUUGCUCACAGCUUCAAAUCAAUUUUAUAGGAAACCUUCAUCAGAGCGAUAAAUUAAAAAUACUCGUUUACUCAUCAGAUAGUUGUUGGAAAGGAUUUUUGUAUUCAUUGCUGUUGAAAAAUUGGUUCUGAAAAACCAAAGGCUUACUAUUUUUGAGAGGAGCACUACUUGCUGUUACAAUAUAUGGAUCUAUUUGGCUCACUUUUGAGAAAUUCUGAGUAUCGAUGAGUGUUGACUACUUUUCUCCUUCUACCGAUGAAUUCUUCAUCCCUUCUUCUAAUCUAUCACGUUUUCCGCAAAUCUCUAACUUUCAACAAUAAAAAUGAUGUAACUUCCAUUAUUGUAUCUUGAAAAUAAAAAAAAAUAUUUUCUAGAGAUAAGGGUAUCUAAAUGACAAAUCGAGUUAAACGAAUCAGUCCUGAUGGUUAAGAAAACUAUUCACAAUAAGAAAAAUAAAACAUAUUUUUGAAACAUCAUGUUAAAAUGAUUCUAUAGCGAUAUUUAUUUGGAUUUGUAAUUCUAUGGACCCCAAUGUAAAACCUUUGAAUUGUUUUUUGUUCGAAAGAUUAUUCACAUAACACGGAAAUUUAACCAAUGUAGCAAAUAGAUUUUAUUGCUUCAACUUGAAAUUCAUGCUUUUACAUCUCAUAGAAGAACAGAUGUAAACAAACUAGAUUCAGAAUGGUCAAUCACCAUAAAUAUUGGAUAUUUACCAGAAAAAUAGUUGGAGGUCCUUAGAAAAGUUAUAAUUUUUUUCAAUUUCCAUACUACUACUAAUAUUAAUUGAAACCUGUCAAUUGUGUCAUGCCGCUAUUGAAGAAUAGUGUAGAUUAUUGCAUGUUUGUAUUUUGAUUAUCGAAAAGUGUACUUAACUAAUAUAUUGUAAAAAUAGACGUUUGAUAUUUA